AUGGGCAUUCCUGGCCGGGACGGGAGAGAUGGUAGAAAAGGAGAAAAGGGUGAAAAGGGAGACACAGGACUGAAGGGGAGAGUUGGUACUCCUGGGGCUGGGGCGCGUGGAGACCCUGGUCCUCCAGGCAAACAGGGUCCAAUGGGGGAGAGAGGGGAUGUGGGGCGACCUGGUCAACCAGGACAGGGGGGACAGAAGGGUGACAAGGGCAAGAGGGGGAGGCGUGGGACAGGAGGUGUUUGCAAAUGUGGAAGCCUGCUUCCAAAAUCUGCCUUCUCUGUGGCCAUCACCAGUAGUUACCCUACAGAAAAAAUACCAAUCAAAUUUGACAGGAUCCUACUUGAUGAAGGCGGACAUUACAGUCCAGAAACAGGAAAGUUCAUUUGUGCUUAUCCAGGGAUCUACUACUUCUCCUAUGACAUCAGCGUGGCGAACAAGCACCUUGCCAUAGCAUUAGUGCACAAUGGCCAGUAUCGGAUCAAGACUUUUGAUACAAACACAGGUCACCAUGAUGUGGCUUCAGGAUCCACUGCGAUAUUUCUGAACCCAGAGGAUGAAGUGUGGUUGGAGAUCUUCUACGUAAACCAGAAUGGACUGUUCACCGACCCAGGGCAGGCUGACAGCCUGUUUUCUGGGUUCCUUCUGUAUGCAGACACAAACUAUUUUGACACACUGGCAGAGGACUAUGUAUGA